AUGGCUUCCCUCUUGGCUUUUUCCAUGGCGAUUUUUGCCAUCAUCUUGACUGCAAAUGGGGAUAUCACAUUCCAAGCUGCCCUGCUAGAUUUGUUGCCAUGUGAGCCUUUCUUGGUGAGCUCCGGCCCGACAACUCCUAUUGUUCCUUAUUGUUCAGCUGUUCAAAACCUGAAUGCUCAAGCUACCACCACCAAGACUCGUAGAAACCUUUGCGAAUGCUUUAAGAAGGCUGCUGCUGGCAUUGCAAUUGACCCUACGAAACUUAAGCAGCUUCCUCAGUUUUGCAAGGUCUCCCUUCCAGUCACUCUUGACCCAAGCAUCGAUUGUAGCAAGUAA